AUGGUGCAACGGCGCUCGCCCCGCGAAUGUCUGAGUGAGCCGUACGUCGACGAACUUCCCAUGCGAUGCCAGCAAUUGCGGAAGGGGUUCAGCGAGUGCAAGCGCGGCCUCAUCGACAUGCGCAAGCGGUUCCGCGGAAACCAGCCUAUCUCGGUAUCGACGACGGAAGGCGGCGGCUCCAGCACGUCCCAACAACUAUAUGCAGGCAAGCCGGCGUUUGAGACGGUCAAGGAGAUUAGUGGUGAUGAGGUGCAGAUGGAUCCGGAGAAGACUCGUGGUCUGUGA